AUGUUCUUGGUCAGUUUUCUCGGAAUAAAAGCUGCUGUUGGGGGUCAUGUUGUAGAAGACGCAUCUGAUGCAAAAUCUGCCGCCUUUUUCUUUCACAUGUAUUGGAUAGCAGCCACUAUUACAGUUUCUGCCAUUCUUGCUGCCGCGUUUGCUUGCUUCGUGGAAAUUUACUUCUUACGUCACGGACUCAGAGAAGGCUUGAAAGCUGGAAUGGAAAAAUAUAAGCAUAUCCCAGAAAUAAAAACGGAAAUUGAUCGAUUACAACUUGAUUAUAAAUGUUGCGGUGUUGAUAAUUAUAAAACAUGGUACAAUAUAUCGUGGAUUGAUGUUCAGUAUCUUGACACAAGAGAUCCUGGAGUAGCCAGGUAG